AUGGCAGGAUCCCUUCUCUUGCCCCUACAGAUCCUACUACUGUCCUUAGUCCUGGGAUCUGCUGGACAAGAAGCCCAAGGUGACAAGAGUGGAGAGAAGAUUAUUGAAGGAGUCCCAUGUACAAGAGGCUCCCACCCCUGGCAGGUGGCCCUGCUCAAGGGCACUCAACUCCACUGUGGAGGUGUGCUGCUCAAUGAGCAGUGGGUGCUCACUGCCGCCCACUGCAUGAUGAGUGAAUACAACGUGCACAUGGGCAGCGAUCAGCUGAGUGAUAAGAGAGCCCAGAAGAUUCGGGCCACGAGGUCAUUCCGCCACCCUGGCUAUUCCACUCAGACCCACGUUAAUGACCUCAUGCUUGUGAAGCUAAGUAAACAAGCCAGGUUAUCAUCGAGAGUGAAGAAAGUCAACCUGCCCUCCCGCUGUGAACCCCCUGGGACCACAUGCACCGUUUCUGGCUGGGGUACCACCACCAGCCCCGAUGUGACCUUUCCAUCAAAGCUCAUGUGCACAGAUGUCAAGCUCAUCUCCUCCCAGGACUGCAAGAAGGUUUACAAGGACCUUCUGGGAAAAUCCAUGUUGUGUGCUGGCAUCCCCAACUCCAAGACCAACGCCUGCAAUGGUGACUCAGGGGGACCACUGAUGUGCAAAGGUGCCCUGCAAGGCCUGGUGUCCUGGGGAACUUUCCCUUGUGGCCAACCCAAUGACCCAGGUGUCUAUACCCAAGUCUGCAAGUACACCAACUGGAUAAAAGAGACCAUGAGAAAGCAUCGCUAA